AUGGCUAUCUUAAGAACACCUCCAAAGGUUUUUUUCGAGAAAAGAGCCUUUCCCACAAAUGAAGACUCCGAUAGGACAGCUGCCUCAUCCACCAAAGCCGACACUCGGUCAAAUCUGCGCAGAACCUCGGAAAAGCAAGUUGUGCUAUCACAUGAAAACCCAAUACCUUUGAAGUCAACCGCCAGGUCAGCAGAAGCGCCAACCUUAAAACCUAGUUAUCCACCUCCUGAGGGGUCUUUGGCUCGUCCCCUACCCCCUUACAAUUGCCUCUCGCCUCUACCCUCACCAUCCUAUCAUUCGUCUACGCCAAACACUCCGACAUCUCUCAUUCUCUCCUCCACAUCUCCCUCUCCUACCUCGUUUUCCCAUCUUCCACUGGCCACAUCCGCCUUACCUCUUGGUCUUAACCAACUUCUUUUCGCUGAAUGCCAAGAGUGGGUACGCUCGUUUCCGCAUUUUAGGGUCACUGGCCGUCAGCUGAUCGAACCGCAAGAUCGCGGUUUCUCAUAUCAUUCAAUGAACAGUCACUUGGAAGGUGAUGGUACAGUAUGGUCUAGCGAGCCAAAGGCGAUUACUCAAGUGACAGAACAUAAAGGCAAGUGUUCUUUUCUGACAUUUCUGAAAAGUUUAAUUGCAUAA